CCGUCAGUCUGCUCUCUCCCCUCCCCCGGCAGCCCUGUAUCAGUACUCUAUCCCUCACUGGCCCCCUCCAUCACCACACCCUGCACUCAAGUUAUGAUGCAGUUCAUGGGUAGCGUACUUUUGCCCUACAUUGCUACUGGGGCUCCACCACAGACUUUAUUUGAGCCCAGAGCUCACUGUGGAUUAAACAUCAGCUGAACGCAGGACUCCUUCCUGGUGAACAAGAUGGCAGAGAGCGGUGCCGAAGGGGAACUAACUCAGAGGUGUCUUCAUGUCAAGGAGCAGAGAAAUGGAGAGCUGACGGGCCCAGAGCUCCCUGUGGACGAGAGAAAGCAGAGGGACAGGGAGGAGCGUGAAACCCUGGUGUUGUGGAAGAAACCGCUGCUCACACUCCACUACUUCACUCUGGAACUGCUCAUCACUCUUAAAGAGUGGAUGUCAAGGCUCUGGCAGCAAAGACAGACUGUGUUUGGCCUACUGAUCCUGCUUAUCCUCCUCUCCAUUGCCUACCGGGUUGAAGGAACACACCAGAAGUAUGUGUGUUACAUGGAGAAGAAGACUCUGUGGUGCGCCUACUGGGUCGGCCUGGGCAUCCUCUCCUCGGUGGGUCUUGGCACCGGCCUGCACACCUUCCUCCUUUACCUGGGACCACACAUAGCAUCUGUGACCCUGGCGGCAUAUGAAUGUGGCUCGGUGGAUUUCCCCGAGCCACCCUACCCAGACCAAAUAGUCUGUCCUCAGCACGAAGCACCAGCAGAACUAGGCUCGGAUGCUGAGCAGGUGGGCGUGGAGGCCGCGGGGGUGGGGUCAGAAACCCUCCAGGGAAGCAUCUCCCUAUGGACCAUCAUCUCCAAAGUGCGCCUGGAAGCUUGUAUGUGGGGUGCAGGCACUGCCAUAGGAGAGCUUCCUCCCUACUUCAUGGCCCGAGCUGCACGGCUCUCCGGCGCUGACCCUGAUGACGAGGAUUACCAGAAGUUUGAGGAGAUCCUGGACCAGACACAGUCUGCACAGGACUUUGCCACCAGAGCAAAAGUAGCUGUGCAGAAACUCAUCCAGAAAGUCGGCUUCUUGGGGAUUUUAGCCUGUGCCUCUAUACCAAAUCCCCUGUUUGACCUGGCAGGAAUAACAUGUGGACACUUUCUGGUCCCGUUCUGGACGUUUUUUGGUGCAACACUCAUUGGGAAAGCAGUUAUCAAAAUGCACAUUCAGAAACUGUUUGUGAUCGUCACCUUCAGCAGGCACAUAGUGGAGCAGAUGGUCUCCCUCAUCGGAGCUGUUCCACUGCUGGGUGCGGCACUGCAGAAGCCCUUCAGGGAGUACUUGGAGGCCCAGAAGGCCAAGCUGCACCAUCGUGCCGGAGAGGGGAUCCCAACUGAGGAGAACUGGCUGUCGUGGCUCUUUGAGAAGGUUGUGGUCAUCAUGGUAUGCUUCUUUGUCUGCUCCAUUGUCAACUCUAUGGCCCAGAGCUAUGCCAAGCGCAAGCAGCAGGAGAAGCGCUCGGAAGACAAGACGGAGUGAAGGCCAGCUUUGCGAUCACGGCAAAGCAUCAACUUCAGAAGCUACCACCGCUCCUUUCUUCAUGUCCGCACUGCCUCCUGGCUGAUACCCUGCCAUUAUCUGAAGCAAUAUAUCUGCCCCCAUCUGGUUUCUCUCUUGUUAUUGUAGCAACAUGUUGAUGUUGAACUUGGACUCCCAUUUACUUGCUUUUUAAGGCUUUGCAUUUGGUAGUGAUUUCCGCGAUAGUUGUGUGUAAGGUAGGUGCUUGUUGGGUUACGUAUGAGUGUCUUUAAGCUGUUGUGUUGUUAAAGUGUCCCAGUUGGUGCUUUUAGCAGCUCCAGAGCACGUGAGAAGAAACUGCUGGUAAUAAUUCUCCUCAGUGAGGCCUUAAGCUGCACUGUUCGCUCCACUAGAGGAACCUUCAAGACUUAUGUCUCCAUAAACUCACUUGAAUUCUCUUCAUUUGAAUAAGCUAGGAUGGUUACUUUGUGGUGAGUGUUCUGUAAAACCAGCACGAUAUUUGUCCAAUAAUCUCUUUAUUUAUAAUUUAUAUUUACAAGUUUAAUGAGAAGAUAUUCUGUAUUUAUUAAGAGUUGUCGUGCAGUAUUGGGUUAUGGUUAGAUAAGACAAGUAAAUAGACUGUAAAUAAUUGUGUCCUCUUCAGAGUCAUCUCAUUUCUACAUAUUGUGAAGAAGUAAGUAAGUUGUGUGCGUCAGUGUCGUGUGUGUAGUAAAGCUGAUUUUGGUAGUUUUGGAUGAGAAAUGAGAAAUCGGCCAUGAAUCACCCUGCUGGUCCCUUUGUCUGCCCUUAUUGUUCUGCUUCCAGGAAGAGAGCACAUGAGUCAGCCUGGGGCUACUUUACCAGAUGCAGCCAUAUACUGAAUCAGAUCUACGACUGUGUGUGUGUGUGUGUGUGUGAGUGUGAGUGAGUGAGACAGAGAGCGAGACAGAGAUAGUAGGUUGCGUUUGCGUGGCUGCCACAUUUGUUGCUCUCUCUUUAUCUUUUAUGGAUUAGAGUAGAUUGUGCUCCACUAAUAGAGCAGGACUCUGCCUGGAAGUCUUAGUGUGGCAGAUCAUAGCUGUUCUCUUUAACUAAGAGACAGUCUGUGUCGUGGUAAGUGUUUUUCUUUGUCUUCACUUGCCACUGAGCUUUUUUUUUUUUUAUCCUUUUUGAGGACAGAAAGCUCAUGUUUGACAUUACAUGAGCAGCUUCUAAAACAAAACUCGCCGUCUUUUUUUUUGCCUCUUUUUUGUUCGCUGGAUAACGUCAGCUGGCUCUCAAUAUAUGCAGUACCUUCUUUUUUUCCAUAAUUGCCAGUGAAAUGUGCUAUUUUCUUCUCCCUCUCUGUACCGCUGCUGUGCUACGCUGGACUGAGCGCAGUGGGCGCUAGAGCAGGCACAAGCAGGAGGGGGAAAAAAAAACCCUCAAGCGCACAGUGAAAAGCGUCUGUGCCGUUACCUCAGCUGAACCUUCGAAUGAACUCGUUGCACUGCCCUAGUCACGGAGCCAGGAGACGAAUCACUCGAGUAGAUUCAAAACAGAGGGGUACUGUUGAGCGAGCUGAACCCUGCGCUCUGCACCAGCUCUAGUCAGAACAUUCACAUCUCCUCUUUUCUCCUGUCACGGUAAGUAGGAUUAGGAUUCUUUUUUUUUUUUUUUUCUUUUUCUUUUUCUUUUUUUCAUUGUUGUCGUUUCUGUACAUGCAUUCGUCUCAGGCAUGUCCGUCACUCUCUCGGCCUGUCAGAUAGCUUAUCAGACUGGUGUUGGCUGUUAAGAUUGCAAGGCGACAACAGUCUGUAGGCUGUCUGACAUUUCGGGCUCUUUCAUCUGACCAGCAUCCUGUUUUGUCCUCCUUCUGUUACUGUCAUUGUCUCAGUUAGCAUCAGUUCCCAUUUAGAGGUGUGUGCUGCGAUGUCACUUCCCUUUAUCCCAACCGCUUGUGAAACGUCGGAGACAUGGGUCUAUUGUUUAUUUCCUCCAUGCUGACGUCUGUGAGGGUUUUUAUGUGGUUUUAUGUGGGGAACUGUGUUUUCACAUGUUUGCAAAUGCAGAUGUAGUGAUGUCAAUAGUGUACUUCUGUAUAUAUGUGGGUGUGUGUGUGUGUGUGUGUGUGUGUGUGUGUGUGUGUGUGUGUGUGUGUGUGUGUGUGUGUGCUUGCAAGUUGGCUCUGUCCUCUUGAAUUUCCAGAGAAUCCAGACAGUACACACCUUAUUGCAACACAUCACAUUGUGACACCCAGUCCUAGUAUGGUACACACAGUGCUCACCCAGCUCUCCCCUUCCCUUUUACACUUCCCUCUUCUCUUUUUACUAAGAACUUUCUUCUGUUGCUCAAUACGCACUUUUUUUUUGUAGGAGGCUGCAUUUUAUUGGAACAACUCUCUUGAGGGGGUGUUUUUCUAAGGGCCACAAAUUGGUAAUUAUACAAAGCUGAAAAUCAUUGCUUGACCAAUGGAUACUUUUGCCGCAAAGCCUCAGUUUUAUUUUAGAUUCUUCUUCUUCUUCUUUUUUUUUUCUAGAAUAGAGCAAAAGUGUAAAACUUUUUCCUGGUCAUAAAAGCAAAAUCAUUGGAUAACACUGGAAUGGCUCGCUGGCUUAGAGAGUGUUUUUCUUGGCAGUUUCAGGAUGUCCUGUUCCAUAAGGGAGCCCCCUUUUGGCAUGCCUGUCUGAAUGUGUGUGCAUGUUUGUCUAGAAAUUCUGUUUAUAUUUCUAUGUGUAAGUAAGUGCCUGUAUUUCUUGUCUAAUAGAUGUCUGUAACUGGGUUAUUUUAAAUGUCUACGCACUGUUUUUUUUUCUGCUUUCACUAUAAAUAAAGUCUCUUAAAAAGAG